ACUCUGAACAUGGUGACUCCUACGUUGCGGGUGGAGGACUGUAGUAUCGCCCUGCUCCCCAGGAACCACGAGAAGAACCGCUGUAUGGAUGUUCUUCCUCCUGACCGCUGUCUGCCCUUCCUCAUCACCAUCGAUGGAGAGAGCUCCAACUACAUCAACGCUGCUCUUAUGGACAGUUAUAAGCAGCCGUCAGCGUUCAUCGUGACCCAGCAUCCUCUACCCAACACAGUGAAGGAUUUCUGGAGGCUGGUGUUGGACUACCACUGCACCUCCAUAGUGAUGCUCAAUGACGUCGACCCUGCACAG